UAAAGCGGCCCCUCGCGCCGUCGCAAUGCUGCCGUGCGCCGCGGGAGCCAGGGGGCGUGGGGACAUGGUGGCCUUGCGGGCGGGGAAGAAGACCCUUCUCCCCCGUCUCUGCCGCGCCUUCGCCUGCCGCGGCUGUCAGCUCGCUCCGGAGCGCGGCGCCGAGCGCAGGGAUACGGCGCCCAGCGGGGUCUCAAGAUUCUGCCCUCCAAGAAAGUCUUGCCAUGAUUGGAUAGGACCCCCAGAUAAAUAUUCAAACCUUCGACCUGUUCACUUUUACAUACCUGAAAAUGAAUCUCCAUUGGAACAAAAGCUUAGAAAAUUAAGACAAGAAACACAAGAAUGGAAUCAACAGUUCUGGGCAAACCAGAAUUUGACUUUUAGUAAGGAAAAAGAAGAAUUUAUUCACUCAAGACUAAAAACUAAAGGCCUGGGCCUGAGAACUGAAUCAGAUGUCUGCUGCCAAAAAGUUGUUCUGAUAGAAAAUCCAAAAUCAUCGACCCCAAAAGCCAAGUCUGUCAUUGGGCUAAAGUGCCAUUCCUACUAAUCCUUUGCCUCACCUGAUUCAUUUGGAAUAAAGGGCCGGGAGCUUGAGUCACCCCCGUACCAGGACCUCUGUUGCUAUUUGCUGGCUGCUGGAGAGGUGGGGUCUUGCGGGCCCCGGAGAGGUGGGGUCUUGCGGGGCAGAGCUGGAGCAGAUGCUGCAUCCAGCAGUAAGCAUGAGAAUGAGCACUCACAGUUUUGGGUCCUGUGCUGGACACUGUGCAAGUCCUGUGCAUAUAUCACCUGUUGCAUUUCCCACAGUGACCCAAUGAAGUAGAUACUGUUAUCUUUACCAUUUUAUAGAUGAGCAACCUGAGGCUUCACCAGAAUUGCACAGUGAGAAUGUGGCGUGGCCUGGAUUCUCACGUCGGGAGUCGGAUUGCAAAGCCUUACUGGGCCUCGCCGCGCCCCAUGGCUGUCAGCGCAUUCCAUGCUGACCUGGCCGUGUAUGCGUGCGUGUGCGCGUGCACACAUGUGUGUGCGUACGUGCACGUGUGUACGUGUGUGCGCUUGUGUGCACACCACAUGUGCCGUGUCCAUAGGUCUGUCAUCAUACCAGGUAGGACUAGGUCGGCUCAUAGCUUGGAAGUGCUUUGGAGACAGCCACUCUCCUAACAGAUGGGAGAAGUUGUUUUGAUUCUUACUAAGGUCCCAGAAUCCUAUUGAUGGCUUUGCUGAGUAUUGAAAGGCUGGCCUUAAAUUAGGUUUGAAACUGAAUUUGGUAAUAGGACAGGAUGUGUUAAGGAAGGGAAACAUACAGGGAGCUGCCUGCUCUGGCAGCUGUUGAAAGUGAGCAGGCCACGGUGCCUGCAGUGGGAGUGGGGCAGCAGGCGUGUCACCUUGGGCCAGAGCACGUGUCUUGUACACGGUUGCACCAAUGCGUGAGGAUGUAGGUCCCCAAGAGCCAAGAGAAGGGGAGCUUUGUUGAAUACGUGAUAUUGGAGAAACCUUUGGCCCAAAAGAACAAAUUUAGAUUCGUUCUCCCUGCAAUACAAAUGUAUUCCAGUGGGUCAAAAUGUUAAUUAUUAUUAAUUUCUUUUUUUGUUUUUUUGAGUCAGGGUCUCACUCUGUCUCCCAGGCUGGAAUGCAGUGGCACCAUCACCAUCUAGGCUUACUGCAGCCUUGACCUCCUGGGCUCAAGUGAUCCUCCCACUUCAGCCUCCCAAGUAGCUAGGACUGCAGGUGCACGCCAGCACCACACCUGGCUAAUUUUUGUGUUUUUUGUAGAGACGGAGUUUUGCCGUGUUGCCCAGGCUGGUCUCAAACUCCUGAGCUCAAGCAGUCCACUUGCCUCAUCCUCCCAAAGUGCUGGGAUUAC